CGCUCGACGAAAUGUGAAGAUGAUAUAUGUCUACGGCUUGGAUAGUGUUUUAUAUGUACCAGCCUUGGGAUUAUGCCAUGCCUUGUGCCUUAAAAUUUAUCCGAGAAACUAGCGAAUCACAUCCACUGAGAAAGGCUGAAAUUUUUUUCAAAAAAACUUCGUUGCUGGAUGUGAUCUGGUUUCAUCUUGUCGAAAAGCGUUGUUUAAACAUUUCAAAGAUUUGACCAUGCGAAAAACAUUGUUCAUAGACUUCUCGUGUGAGAUGCCGUUGAUUGAUGAACGAUGCCUGUUUCAACAUUAGUAAUUCACUCGACACGCACAUCUUCUGGCAUCCGAAACAGCACAGGGGGUUCACGUGAAUCCCAGUUCAGCUUCAUCGUGACUAAACUGUUUUCUGAAAUUGUAAUUUGCGGACAUGAGAGGUCCCCUGUCUUCAGAAUCAACUUGCAUGAGUGUUUGCAAUCUGAAGGUCGAUGAGUGACUGCGUUCACUGGCACAGAACGACGUCCAGAGUUCCAGUCAUGAACUCAGAACAUGUUGCGAGGGAUUUCAUAUGUAAAUUAAGUAUGGCGGAGCCGGAGGAGGCGUGCCAAUGCAGAAGAUGUGACUCGAAUUGAGGUCCGUGAUGAGCGUUGCUGCUGCUGGAUCCAGCAAGAGGGAAAACACGCACGUUUCUCAGCGUCCUCGGAGUCCAGCUGCAGCUCCCGGACUAUAAAGCUCUCAAAGAGAGAGCAUGUCGUCAGACUGAGUCCAUUACAUCUCGUCUCAACAAGGUACUCGACAGCUUAUAACCGGCAAAAUCCAACUCGAGAGCUCAGUUCUGAUUGAGAAACAAUGGCGGCGCUCGGCUGCUGGAAAACCCCGGUGCUCGUAGCAGCAGCAUUCGUGCUGCUGUUCGCGAGUCCAUCGUCGGCCGAGAGAGCCAAAGGUAUUAUCGCCUCCCUGAAGCAUGCGGACCACCAUCCCGACUCGCCACUCCACAAAUCCGAGGCCACAUUCGACGAGAGGGUCCGCAACGCCAUGAAGGGCAGCAGCGCCCGAGUGGCCAGCAUCAAAAACAUCGUGGCGAGCGGGAUCACUCCGAGAGGAGUACCAUUCGACGCGGCCUCCGAGAGCACCGCAAGGUCGGGCAGCUUCGAGACUGCCGUCAGUCCAUCGCCGGGGAGCUACAUCAUGAGCAUAUCCCUGGGAACUCCCCCGCAGACGAGGACCGCCAUCGUCGACACGGGAAGCGACCUCGUCUGGCUGCAAUGCGCCCCCUGCACGUCCUGCUACCGGCAGCCGGACCCGGUCUUCGACCCCAGCAAGUCGACCACGUACAGGAAGGUCCGGUACUUCAGCUACCUGUGCCUGCAGCUGCCCUCGGUCUCCUACAGCGGCGGCUACUGCUCGUACCGCUACGGCUACGGCGACCAGUCGACCACGCAGGGCGAUUUCGCGCUCGACACGCUCACGCUCACUGCAGUCGACGGAUCCACGCAGUCGGUGCCCAACUUCGCCUUCGGCUGCGGGCACAAGAACCAGGGGACAUUCUCGGGAACCGAUGGGCUCGUCGGGCUCGGCCGCGGCGACGUAUCCUUCAACGAGCAGAUCGGGGAACUCAUCGGGUCCAAAUUCGCUUAUUGUCUGGUGGAUCUCUUCGGGUCCGCCGCCGAGUCCAGCCCGCUCAUCUUCGGAGACGCCGCGCUGUGGACCGCCGAGGGACUGGGACUGCGGUAUACCCCUCUCGUGCGCAACCCGUGGGCCGACACCUUCUACUACGUGAAGCUGAACGGGAUCGCGGUGAACGGCCAGCCGGUGGCCGGGAUCCCCGCCGGCGCGUUCAAGCUGGACAUCCUCACGGGCCGCGGCGGAGUGAUUCUGGACUCCGGCACGACCAUUACGCACCUCGUCCAAUCGGCGUACGCGCCCCUGCUCGGCGCGCUGCAGGCGCUCAUCGCCUACCCGCAAGUGGACGGCUCGCAGAUCGGGCUGGACCUCUGCUACGACCUGUCGGGCGUGCCGAGCCCCUCGUUCCCCGCCGUCACGCUGCAGUUCCAGGGCGUCGACGUCGUGCUGCCGGCGAACAACGUCUUCCUGCAGGUGGACAACCGCGGCACCACGUGCCUGGCCUUCGCCGGCACCUCGGGCUUCACGAUCGUCGGCAACAUCCAGCAGCAGAACUUCUACUACCUCUACGACGUCGAGAACGAGCGCGUGGGCAUCGCUCCCGUCGACGCUUGCGCCUCCGUCUCCACCAAAGUGGCCGCUGCCAAGGACGAGCUUUGAUGCAGGCGAGCCGAGAAUGAAAGAUCUCCCAUGGAUGCGAUUUGUAUUUGUUGCCACGCUCGGGAAGUCUCUUACUCGUCCAAAAUCGAUGGAUUCGGUUUCUAUCCAGACUUUGUAGCUUGGUGAUUGAAUAAAUGGAAUGGUUGUGGUCUUGCUCCGGCUCGUGUCCGAAUUGACCAGAACACACGACGUGCAUCGGCGAGAGAUUAUGCUCACGUUUGUAGGCCUGGAUAGAGCAGUCUGGGGAGACGACCUGCCGAGGUAGAGCUGGAGAGGAUGGAAAGUGGCGAAUCAGGAUCUCCAGAAGCGGGGGUGCAACCACUGUACAGCGGAAUAGAAUCGGAGAAGGGGGAGUGUUGAAGAGACAGUCAAAAUAAAUCAGUAGUUUUCGAGAUCCCCGUUGCUUUAGGGUGAACUGUGUAGUUUGUAUAUGACCAUGCUCUCUUGAACACAUAAAUAUUGAAUUUCGACCAAUCAAAUUUGCUCAAUGGCGAUCGAGUUUGUAUGCCGAGGAAAAUUUUGGGAGUCGGAGUAAAAUCAUGGCAUUAUGAGUUUGGAUGAGUUCGGUCGCUUCCAAAGAGACCUGUCCAUUUCAAAGCUGUUGUACUUUGUUCAGGGUCUGCUCACACCAGCAGACCCUGAACACAGAAGCGGAAGUUAAAAUGACUGAAAUUUGGAACUGAAUCGGAGUGGAUCCGUGCGUAGGAUGAGUGCCCUACGCACGUGCUAGGCCACAGUGACAUCUCUC